AUGCUAGCUGUGGUUUUCAAGGGACCGAUGCAGGUUGCGCUCGAGGAACGACCUGUGCCCAGCGUCCAGAACUCGACAGAUGCGAUUCUGAAAGUGAGAUAUACAGCACUAUGUGGCAGUGAGCUACACGUUUUUUGGGGUCACCAAACCUCGGGGACGGAAUUUAUCAUAGGCCACGAGUUUACAGGAGAGGUUGUAGAAGUCGGAUCUGAUGUGAAGAAUUUUCAGAAAGGGGAUCUAGUAGUGUCUCCUUUUACGGUCAGCUGUGGGAAAUGCUUCUACUGUAAGCAUGAAUUCUCCUCUCGGUGUGCUUCUGGCCAGCUAUUUGGUACCGUGGGCCUCGAUGGAGGACAAGCUGAGUACGUGAAAGUUCCACUAGCUGAUUCAACUCUGUUACAUAUUGGAACGACUACUAUCAACAAAAAGAAGCCGGUUCUGAUGGCCGAUAUUUUCCCAACUGGUUACUUUGCCGCUUCUAAUGGUACAGUUCUCCUUUUCGGCUGCGGUCCAGUGGGUAUUUGUGCCCUUGUGAGCGCUUUAGACUACCAGCCAAAGAACAUUAUGGCAAUCGAUAGCGUCCCGUCACGCCUAGCGCUUGCACAAAGUCUCGGUGCAGAAACGUGGAAUUUCCAAGAGAAUGAACAUGGGCUUUGGUAA